AUGUACUUCUCCACGGGUUUCAUCGUUUCCCUUGUCGCGGCGUCGAGCCUGGUGUCGGCCGUCCCGCUGCAGCGCCGGAAGACGGAGAUCAUGAGCUUUGCGAGCUCCUCCACCCGGCUUGACACGUCUGGCGCUGUUUACUUUAUAACCAACGAGGGUGACAACAACCAGAUUGUGGCCGCCAGCAUCAACACCGAUGGUACCGUCAACCUUGAUCGCGCGACCACCACUGACGGCAAUGGCGGCCAUGGUAACGCGAACGGCCCUGAUGCGCUCUUCUCGCAAGGCUCCGUCAAGGCGUCCUCGAAGGGGAAGGUCCUGGCUACAGUCAACGCCGGCUCGAACACGCUCUCCCUUUUCUCGAUUGACGCAGCGGACCCCACGAAAAUCGACUCUAUCAGCAACCCGAUCUCGUCGGGCGGUGAGUUCCCCGUCUCGCUCGCGUUCAACAAGAACGGCGACCGCCUCUGCACUCUCAACGGUGGUGCGGUCAACGGCGUUGCCUGCUUCGAUGUCGACUCAAAGAAGGGCCUCCAGCCAAUCGCCAACUCCGUCCGCUCCCUCAACCUCAAGCUGACCACGCCCCCGAGCGGCCCCGCGGACACCGUCUCGCACAUCCUCUUCUCCGAGGACGAGAAGCAGGUGAUCGCCUCUGUCAAGGGUUCCUCCGCCAACAAGCCCGGCUUCCUCGCCGUGUGGGACGUCGCCAACGACGGCUCGCUCUCCGAGAACUUCAAGAAGAUCGACCCGCCCUCCGGCGGAGGCCUGCCCUUCGGCAUGUCGAUCAUCCCCGGGCAGAACGCGGUGCUCGUUGCGGACCCCGCGGUCGGCUUCACGAUCAUCGACCUCCAGGGGAACAAGAGCAGCGCGGUCAAGGUCGACGGCCAGUCCGCGGUCUGCUGGACCGCGCGCUCGAGCAAGACAGGCAACUUCUACCUCACCGACAUCGGCACCGCGAUCGUCACCGAGGUGAACGUGGACAACAACCUGAAGGGGACGGUCGUAAAGCAGUACCAGCAGACGAAGGGCUCCGCGACGCUCGACGACGACGUCGCGAGCAUCAACGGGGACGACUUCCUCUACGUCCUCGGCGCGAACGCGACCGAGGUCCAGACGCUCUCCAUCCAGAAGGCGGGCCAGGGCAAGAACCUCGACCAGCUCGACGUCUCGGGGCCCUUCAAGGCCUCGAACAUCAACUUCAGCCGGAACAACCUCCAGGGCAUGACCACCUUCGUCACCCAGUGA